CACGCACACGAGACACCGCCGCCGCGCACGAGAACUUUCGCGCGCGAUCGACACGAUCUCAAUUUUUUUUUGUCGUCGUGUGUCGAUGUCGUUAUUAUAAUUAAUAAUUAAUACGAUAAUAAUAAUAGAAGUAAUUACCUGUUAUUAUUAUUAAUCGGCGCCCACGUCAAUCGCCUUCCCCCUAUCUGUCGCUCAAGUUCACCGGCGAUAUUUCGGUGCGGAGGAGCCGGGUGUGUGUAUGUACGUCGGCGGUUGUGGCGACUCCGACCAACCGGCACCGUCAAACGGUAUAUAAAAUAGAUUUAUCAUAAUAUUAUUGUCGUCGAGAUUUUCUCUUGUCCGGCCGGUCGCAAUAACACAACCGGUCUCAAACAUGUGAGACGCGACAUCGCGGCAGGUACACACGUGCGCCCGUGCGCGCGUGGUUCUUCCGGUCUGCGCCCCCCCCCCCCCGCACGACGUCCAUCACUCGUUAGAACGUUGCAAUAAGUACGACGAUAAUAUUAUCAUCAUUACGUUUCACGUGCGAUAACUAUAUAUUUUGCAACAAUAACAAUAACAAUAACAAUAUAGUGUUCGCGGUCUGCGCGCAUUAGCGGUGUUAUUGUUUUAUUUUUUCGCCAUACUUCGACGGCGGUAAAAUUAAAGAAAAAUAAAAAAGUCUUCAUAGUCGUCUCCACAUAGUAGUUCACGUAUUGCCGUCAUGCGGUGGCGGCCGUCCAACCACGUCCACCGACAUCCACGCGCCGGUCGUGGCGCCGCCGCCGGCGUUACCGGCGUCCGUCGUUGCGCCGGCCACAACCACGGCGGUCGUUGUCCGUCCGUUGCUGCAGCAAUCUCACCACCACGUGUCGCCCACCGAUUGCAGUCGUUCCGCGCCUAUUAGACAUUCACAAGAAAGAACACAAAGAAAUGAGUUCAUUGAUUGGUUGAAUAAAUUAGUGAAAAGAUAUCUUCAAAUUUAACUUUGAUAUCGGAAUGUCUAAAAAAAACUACAGGGUUCGAAUGAGGUGGAUAGGCUGCAGUCGUACAGCAUCUGUGGCUCAGUGAUUAACCGGACCAUGAUGGACCUGGACGCAGAUGAGGUAGAGCGAUGGCUGUGCGAAAAAGCGCCGCAAGAUCUGGUGGAUCGCGUGAUCCGGGCACGGCUCCAGCACCGCACCGGGUCAUUGACGAUAAGCCGAGCGAAACGCAGUUCCAUGACGUCUGAGAUGUUUAAUACUUGGCUCGCGUCGUCUCCGAUCAAACGUUCUAGGUCGCCAAACAGAGUAACGCGAAGCAGUGGCGAAUGGAGGCAUCAUUUGGGUUUGCUAGACGAAGGAGAGCUUUUUAUGGAGCUUAUUCGGGAUGUAUCGAACGAAUUAGAUAUCGACGUCCUAUGUCAUAAGAUACUUGUCAACGUCGGUAUAUUAACCAGAGCCGAUCGUGGCAGUCUAUUCCUAGUGAGAGGAAAACAUCUGGUGGCCAAACUAUUUGAUGUAACUGUAGAUACAGAACUGAGCGAAGCUGUCCAUAAGGCAAAGGAGGAAGAAAUCCAAAUACCGUUCGGAGUUGGAGUGGCGGGAACAGUGGCGGAAACAAAGCAAGUCGUCAACAUCAGAAACGCAUAUCAGGACCCGCGGUUCAACCGGGAAAUCGAUCACAUGACGGGCUACACGACCAAUUUGAUAUUGUGCGUGCCGAUCUGCAACUACGACAACGAAGUGAUCGGAGUAGCUCAGAUAAUCAACAAGACCGACGGCAGUCACUCGUUUACCGAACACGACGUCGAGAUAUUCCAGAGGUACCUGACGUUCUGCGCAAUCGGAAUACAAAAUGCUCAACUGUUCGAAAAAUCUAUUCAGGAAUUCCAGAGAAAUCAAAUGUUACUCAGUUUGGCUAGAAGCAUAUUCGAAGAACAAAAUAAUCUUGAUUGCCUAGUAUCGAAAAUCAUGAUCCAGGCCAGAGAUCUGAUCAAAUGCGAACGUUGCGUUGUCUUCCUGUUGGACUUGGAAUGUGAAGAAGCUAGCCAUUUGGAACACUUUGGAGCCAAGCCAGGGAAUUAUUCGCUGGAAAAAAAAGCGUCUACCAAAAACAGCACCGACACGUUGGCCGGAGAGGUCCCUGUUACUCAAGAACAGCAAAAGGACAUCAAUUUCACUACGGUUUUCGAAUUGGGUUCGGAACUCGGAGUGAAGAAAAUCAAUAAAAACGUCAAACCAUCUAAACUUCUUCAGAUAGCGCAAGAAGUAGCCAGCUCUACUCAGUUAUUGAAUAUAGCGGACGUACAAGUUUGGUCCGCCUCGUUAAACCGACAACCGAGUAUGGAUAGCGAUGACGGAUGCACGGAUCAAGUACCCAUCAAGUCCAUACUAUGCAUGCCGAUAUUAAAUGGCAAAAAAGAUGUGAUCGGCGUGGCGCAAUUGAUAAAUAAGGAAACCGGAUUUCCGUUUACCGACUGUGACGUGACGACAUUCGAAGCUUUUGCCAUAUUCUGCGGUCUGGGAAUUCAUAACACGCAGAUGUACGAGAGCGCAUGUAAACUAAUGGCCAAACAAAAAGUCGCGCUUGAAUGUUUGUCGUACCAUGCGACCGCGUCUAUAGACGAUACCAUAAAAUUAGCACAAGACAAAAUUCCUUCAGCUGAGACGUACAACUUGUACAGUUUUAAAUUCAUAGACUUUGAUUUGUCAGACGACGAUACGUGUAAAGCAACAAUCCGUAUGUUCCUGCAGUGCAAUCUAGUGCAACAAUUUCAAAUUCCAUAUCAUGUCCUUUGUAAAUGGGUGUUGAGUGUGAGGAAAAAUUACCGACCUGUAAAAUAUCACAACUGGAGACAUGCGUUAAACGUGGCACAGACUAUGUUUGCUAUGUUAAAAACCGGAAAAAUGGAAAGGUUCAUGAGCGACUUGGAAAUUUUGGGAUUGCUAGUGGCGUGUUUAUGUCACGAUCUCGAUCACCGAGGCACGAACAAUGCUUUUCAGACGAAAACUGAAUCACCGUUAGCAAUUCUUUAUACGACCAGUACAAUGGAACACCAUCACUUUGAUCAAUGUGUAAUGAUCUUAAACAGCGAUGGCAAUAAUAUAUUUCAAGCUUUGUCACCGGAAGAUUAUCGUUGUGUUAUGAAACUAGUAGAAAACUCAAUUCUAUCGACAGAUUUGGCCAUGUAUUUUAAAAAGAAAAACAGAUUUAUGGAGGUCGUUGAAAAUGGUGAAUUCGAUUGGCAAAGCGAGGAGAAAAAAGCUUUGUUGUGUGGUAUUUUAAUGACUGCAUGCGAUGUUAGUGCAAUUGCCAAACCUUGGGAAGUUCAACACAAAAUGGCUAAGCUCGUGGCUGAUGAAUUUUUUGACCAAGGCGAUUUGGAAAAAUUACAACUUAAUCAACAACCGAUGGCUAUGAUGGAUAGAGAAAAAAAAGAUGAACUUCCUCAGAUGCAAGUUGAAUUCAUCGAUGUCAUUUGUUUGCCACUGUAUAAAGUUCUAUGUGACACUUUUCCGUGGAUCACGCCAUUGUACGAAGGUACACUAGAAAAUCGAAAACACUGGAAAGAUUUAGCAGAAAAAGUCGAAAUGGGCUUGACGUGGAUUGACCACGAUAAAAUUGAAAUUCCUGUUGAAGAAUUUUUUACUCACAAAAGCACGAAAGACAUAGAGUUCACAGUUACUACACUGAAUACUACACAAAAUUCCACGAAGAAAAGCAAUACAAAAAACCUCGACCUCAACCUGGACACUUCCUCGGUGUUACACCGGAACGGUGCCAAAUUCUCCAGUUUCCGAAAAAAGCCCACGUCCAGCCGGUCGUUCCGGAACCGAGUCAGCAGGUCACUGUACAAUAGCACGGCUAGCAGCAGUGUGCCCGCCUCCAUGACUUCCGACUCUGUGAAACCGUCCGACUCCGCGACUACCACUGAUCAACAUAACAUGAUCAGUUCAACGUCGUUGCCGGUGUUCACGUCACCGGUGUCCACGCCGGGCUACAGUAGCAAGCAUCCUACCCAAACGCCGUCGAUGUCGGCCACGCCCGUGAAAAACAAAAGCAAAUAUUGCCGAAUUCUGUGAUAAACGUCAUUUUUUCAAUUUUGUGUUUUUGGUUUUUUAUUGAAUCUUCUGUCGUCCUAUAUAGCUGUAGUGUAGACUUGACGUGUAGUGUAGGAAAGGAAUAGGCCGUUACCUACUUUCGACGAUAUUUGCGUGAGGGUUGAAAAUUGGAACCUGAAACUGAAACCGGGAUCCUUGUUCAAAUAGAUAUUAUAAUUAUAUUUUUAAAGUAAUUAAAACUAUGUCCGUAUCAAAGUUUGUUUGGUUGUUUUUUUUUUUUUUUUUUU